CGCCACGUCUGCGCCGCCUUGCUUGCGCUAGCUGGCUGGUUUCGUCCACCUGUGGUGCCAAUCUCUGUCUCCCGCGUGCAGUGACCGUUUCCUUCCAAACCUACUGCGCUGUGAGGUCUCUGAGCCGCUGAUUGAGGCGACGGCGCCGUCCUGUGAGGGCGUCGCAGGCAUUAAUCUUUCAUCAAGGGCAAUUUGUUUUUUCCCUUGGAAAUUGCUUUAUCAUGAGAAAUCUGAAGUUGCUUCAGACACUGGAAUUUAGGGAUAUUGAAGCGCCAGGGAAACCUCAGUGUUUCUCUCUCCGAGCUCAACAGGGGACAGUGCUGAUUGCCUCAGAAUGUGGACUGAUAGAAGCAGAUCCUGUGAAAAGAGAAGUGAAGAAUGAAAUUUCUUUGGUGGCAGAAGGUUUUCUUCCAGAAGAUGGAAGUGGCUGCAUUGUGGGUAUUCAGGACUUGCUGGAUCAGGAAUCUGUGUGUGUGGCCACUGCCUCUGGGGAUGUCAUACUCUGCAAUCUCAGCACACACCAGCUGGAGUGUGUUGGGAGUGUGGCCAGUGGUAUCUCUGUUAUGAGCUGGAGUCCUGAUCAGGAACUAGUGCUUCUUGCCACAGCUCAACAGACCCUGAUUAUGAUGACAAGGGACUUUGAAGUAAUCACAGAGCAGCAGAUCCACCAGGAUGACUUUGGUGAAGGCAAGUUUGUCACUGUUGGAUGGGGCAGUAAGGAGACGCAGUUCCGCGGCUCAGAAGGCAGGCCAGCAGCCUUUCCGGUGCAAACGCAUGAGUCUGCCUUGCCCUGGGAUGACCACAGACCACAAAUUACCUGGCGUGGGGAUGGGCAGUUUUUUGCUGUGAGUGUUGUUUGCCCAGAAACAGGGUCUCGGAAGAUCCGAGUGUGGAACCGAGAGUUUGCUUUGCAGUCAACCAGUGAACCUGUGCCAGGACUGGGGCCCUCUCUGGCUUGGAAACCCUCAGGCAGUUUGAUUGCAUCUACUCAAGAUAAACCCAACCAGCAAGACGUUGUGUUUUUUGAGAGAAAUGGACUUCUUCAUGGACAGUUUACGCUUCCCUUCUCUAAAGAUGAAGUUAAGGUGAAUGACUUGCUGUGGAAUGCAGAUUCCUCUGUGCUUGCUGUGUGGCUAGAAGAGCUUGCAAAGGAAGAUAAUCCCACUCUGAAAAGCUAUGUCCAGCUCUGGACCGUGGGGAACUAUCACUGGUACCUCAAGCAAAGCCUGCCUUUCAGCACCAGUGGGAAGAACUGCAUUGUGGCUCUGCUGUGGGACCCUGUGACUCCAUGCCGGCUACACAUUCUCUGCCAGGGCUGGCGUUAUCUAUGCUGUGACUGGCACUGGACCACUGAUCGGAGCUUUGGAAAUAGUGCUGGUGACUUGGCAAAUGUGGCUGUUAUUGAUGGAAAUAGGGUAUUGAUAACGGUCUUCCAGCAGACUGUGAUCCCACCUCCCAUGUGUACCUACCAGCUGUUGAUCCCACAUCCAGUGAAUCAAGUCAUGUUCUCUGCUCACCUUGGAAAUGACCUUGCUGUCCUUGAUGCCAGUAACCAGAUUUCUGUCUACAAGGGUGGUGAUAAACCAGACAUGGAUCCCACAGUGAAACUAGGAGCUGUGGGUGGAAGUGGAUUUAAAGUUCCUCUUAGAACACCUCAUCUGGAUAAGAGAUACAUAGUUCAGUUUGGGAACAAUGAAGAGGAUGAGGAAGUAAACCAACCCCAACUGGCCCUUCUCUCCUGGAUUGAAGAAGAUGUUUUCCUAGCCAUAAGCCACAGUCACUGCAGCUCACAGUCUAUCAUUCACCGUUUGACUGUGGCCCCUUCCAACGUGGAUGAGGAGCAAGGACGGCUGGAUGUCAGUUCAUCUGUGACAGUGGAUGGAGUCAUCGUUGGUUUAUGUUCCUGUUCUAAGACCAAAUCAUCCGCAGUACAGCUGGCUGAUGGCCAGGUGCUCAAGUGCAGUUGGGAAUCACCUUGUGUGGCUGUGGAACCGUGGAAGAACUCUGAAGGAUUUCCUGUUCGAUUUGCUCAUCUAUGUACACAGAUGGAAGUAGCCAUGAUUGGAGGAGAGGAAUGUGUCCUUGGUCUAACUGACCGGUGUCGCUUUUUCAUCAAUGACACUGAGGUUGCGUCAAAUAUCACAUCCUUUGCAACGUGUGAUGAGUUUUUACUGCUCACAACCCAUUCCCAUACUUGCCAGUGUUUUUCCCUGAUGGAUGCCUCCCUUAAAGUGUUACAGGAUAGUCUGUGCAACAGUCAAGGAGCCAGUGGAGAAAUUCUGCGGAAAGUGGAAAGGGGUUCGCGGAUCGUUACAGUUGUUCCCCAGGACACAAAACUUAUACUACAGAUGCCAAGGGGAAACUUGGAGGUCGUUCAUCAUCGAGCUCUGGUCUUGGCUCAGAUUCGGAAGUGGCUGGACAGGCUUAUGUUUAAAGAAGCAUUUGAAUGCAUGAGAAAACUGAGAAUUAACCUCAAUCUGAUUCAUGAUCAUAACCCUAAGGUGUUUCUUGAAAAUGUGGAAACUUUCAUAAAACAGAUAGAUUCUGUAAAUUAUAUUAACUUGUUUUUCACAGAACUAAAAGAAGAAGAUGUCACAAAGACCAUGUACCCUUCACCAGUUAGCAAGAAUGUCCAGAUGUCCAGAGAACCUGAUGGGAAGAAAAUUGACCUCAUCUGUGAUGCUAUGAGAGCAGCCAUGGAGACCAUCAAUCCUCGCAAGUACUGCCUGUCAAUACUCACAUCUCAUGUGAAGAAAACAACCCCAGAACUCGAAAUUGUGCUGCAGAAGGUACACAAGCUUCAAGGAAAUGUUUCCUCUGAUCCCGAGACUGUGAGUGCAGAGGAGGCCUUGAAAUACCUCCUACUCCUGGUAGAUGUUAAUGAGUUAUAUGACCAUUCUCUUGGGACCUAUGACUUUGAUUUAGUCCUCAUGGUAGCUGACAAGUCACAAAAGGAUCCUAAGGAAUAUCUUCCAUUUCUUAAUACACUUAAGAAAAUGGAAACUAAUUACCAGCGGUUCACCAUAGACAAGUACUUGAAACGCUAUGAAAAGGCCAUUGGACACCUGAGCAAGUGUGGACCUGAGUAUUUCACAGAAUUCUUAAAUUUGGUAAAAGAUAAAAACUUGUAUAAAGAAGCUCUGAAGUUAUAUCGGCCAGAUUCACAGCAGUACCAGGCAAUCAGUGUUGCGUAUGGGGAGCACCUGAUGCAGGAGCACCUGUAUGAGCCAGCAGGGCUUGUAUUUGCCCGCAGUGGUGCCCACGAGAAGGCUCUUGCAGCAUUUUUGGCUUGUGGCAGCUGGCAGCAAGCCCUCUGUGUGGCUGCCCAGCUUCAACUGACCGAAGACAAGAUGGCUGGCCUUGCUAGAACUCUGGCAGAAAAGCUGGUCGAGCAGAGGAAACACAGUGAGGCAGCUACAGUUCUGGAACAGUAUGUCCAGGAUUAUGAAGAAGCUGUGCUCCUGCUGCUGGAAGGGGCUGCCUGGGAAGAAGCUCUGAGGCUGGUAUAUAAGUAUGGCAGAGUGGAUAUUAUAGAAACCAGCAUAAAGCCUUCCAUUUUAGAAGCUCAAAAAAAUUACAUGGCCUUUCUGGACUCUCAGACAGCCACAUUCAUUCGCCAUAAAAACCGCUUGCUGGUGGUUCGAGAGCUCAAGAAUCAAGCACCACGGAUGCAUGUGGAUAACGAGGUGGCCCAUGGUCCAGAGUCAGACCUCUUCUCAGAAACCAGCAGUAUCAUGAGUGGCAGUGAUAUGAGCAGCAGAUAUUCCCACAGUAACUCCAGGAUUUCUGCGAGGUCAUCUAAAAACCGCCGCAAGGCGGAGCGGAAAAAGCACAGCCUCAAAGAAGGGAGUCCCCUGGAGGGUGUGGCACUUCUGGAGGCACUGAGUGAAGUCGUACAAAGCAUUGACAAGCUCAAAGAUGAAGUACACGCUAUUUUAAAGGUGCUCUUUCUCUUUGAGUUUGAAGAACAAGGAAAGGAAUUACAGAAGGCUUUUGAGAGCACUCUGCAGCUGAUUGAGAGGGCACUUCCAGAAAUCUGGACUCCUGCCUGCCAGCAGGGCUCAGUCACAUCUGUCCUAGGUCCCAGUUCCACUGUGAAUAGCAUCACAGCUUCCUACCACCAGCAGAAGACUCCUGUCCCUGUUCUCGAUGCUGGGAUUUGUAUGCCACCAAAGAUCGACCAGAGAAGCCAGUGGAAGCUGAGCCUGCUGGAAUAACUGCCCUGUUAGGAAGGUGUACUGGGAAGAUCAUUUGCCCACUUACUCGCUGUGCUUCUGGCCCUUGCUCCUCAGAGGCCUAGCUGUUGAGAACUGGAAUAUGGCAUGGUCUGCCUUUGCACUGCAUGCAGCAACUAUGAGUUUGACCUCAGCUAGCACUAGGCAGUCCAUUUUUAUUUUGGAUGUACAUCUUAAGUACUAUCAGAACUUUGUUUUAGCCAGCAUAUUACAGUUUUUGGUGUUUUUUAAUUGCUGUGUUUAGCUGCUCAUGGUGGGACAUGCCUAUAAUCGCAGCAGCUCAAGAAGCUGAGGCAGAAAGACUGGUACAAAUUCAAGACCAGCGUGGGCUACAGCAAGAACUUAGCUCAAAACAGUCUAACCUCUGUUCUCGUACUUAGUGUUAUUUGAGAGUGUGGUUACUUAUGCAGAUCAUGAGCCUGAGUCCUACUCCCAAAUCCAGGCCUGGUUUCUGUUGCAGCCUUGGCCAGCUCUUGUCACUGAUUUGAUCCUCAGCUUCUGCUGUUCAUAGAGAAUGAUGUUUCAUGGCUCCUACCUCAAAAAAAAAAAAUGAAGACAAGUGGAAUCACAUUUCUAAGUUGUUACACUUGCUGAUACAGCAUAUUGUGUAUAAAUAGGCCAUUAGUACUGUCAGCAUAUAGUCAGAUGUGAUUACGUAGCUGGCAUCUUUUUACCUGACUCAAUAAAAAGUUAAGUGUGUUUGGGGACUGCA